ACCUGGCCGCUUCCUCUGCCCCCAGCUUAGCCCGGGAGUGUCUCCCCGCCCCAGGGGGACGUGUCCCGGCGAGGCUGCGGGAGAGCGCCCGCCCUCGCAGGGGGAGCUUGGGGGGCGGAGUGGGAGGAGCCCACUCGAGUUCCGCCUCAGCAGCGAUGGCCGCGUAGAGUCUCCUCAGCGGUAGUGCUCGGACAUGGGCCUGCCCCGGGCCGGCAGCUUGAGGCAGCGAGUCUCCCCGGCGAAAAACACCAAUAUUAGAGACAUUUAAAUAGCCAUACUAUCCUUGAAGGGACAUAAGUAACCAUACAUUAACAUGCCUGCUGUGGCUUCUGUACCUAAGGAACUAUACCUCUGUACUUCAUUGAAAGAUCUUAACAAGAAAACAGAAAUAAAAGCAGAGAAGACCAGUACAAAAAAUUAUGUGCAGAGUGCCCUUAAGAUCUUCAAGGCAGCAGAGGAAUGCAGGUUGGACAGAGAUGAAGAAAAGGCCUACGUCCUAUAUAUGAAAUAUGUGACUGUAUAUAAUCUUAUUAAAAAAAGACCUGAUUUCAAGCAACAACAGGAUUACUUUCAUUCUAUACUGGGACCUACAAACAUAAAAAAAGCUAUUGAAGAAGCUGAAAGACUCUCAGAGAGUCUGAAACUGAGAUAUGAGGAAGCUGAAGUUCGGAAAAAGCUUGAAGAAAGAGAGAGACAAGAAGAGCAGCAGAAAAAGCAAGAAGUAAAAGAUGAUGGAAAGGCGUUAGCCAAACACUCUUCAGAAAAUGCAGUAGAUUCCAAGGGAAAAAACCAAAGGAUCAAUGGUGAGAAGAAGGGUUCAGUGGAAAGAAAAGAUCAACUUGACAGAUUGAGUGCUCCUGUAUCUCAAGGAGCAAUUACUGCUGAGAAACUGUUUCCAAUGAUGAUGGACAAAAACAUCGAAUUGCUCAUAAUGGAUGCUCGAAGCUUGAAAGAUUAUCAGGAAUCCUGUAUUCCAAAUUCCAUCAGUGUUCCAGAAGAGGCCAUCAGUCCUGGAGUCACUACUAAUUGGAUUGAAGCUAAACUCCCAGAUAGUUCUAAAGAUCCAUGGAAGAAGAGGGGACAUGUUGAUUAUGUUGUCCUACUUGACUGGUUUAGUUCUGCAAGAGACUUGCAGCUAGGAACAACUCUACAGAGCCUGAAAGAUGCACUUUUUAAGUGGGAAAGUAAAACUAUACUGCGGAGUGAGCCUUUAGUCUUAGAAGGAGGUUAUGAGACCUGGCUUCUUUGCUAUCCCCAACACACAACAAAUGCUAAAGUAACUCCACCACCGCGUGGCAAGAGUGAAGCGGUGUCUGUCUCUUUGGAUUUUACUUAUCCCUCUCUGGAAGAGCCAGCUCCUCCACCACCACCUGUUGUCCAUGUAAAGCCCACUCCAGUAGAAGUGACUGAGAAUGAUGAAAUGGGAAGUAAUCAAGAGGGGAGGACAGGAUCACAUAACACACCAACUCCAAGUGCACCAGUUGCUGCUACCCCUCAGACUGAUGGUUCACAUGAAGUCCACCCAAUUUAUGCUGUGAUAAAUGUCCCACAGAUUGAUCGUACUAAAAAGCCUUCAGCAAAAUUUCUUGAUGAUGUUAAUAGUCCAAAAUCUGAAGGUACAACUCUUGACAAACAUCUUAUUCAGAAUGGAAGAAUGAUUCCAGAUCGUUCCACAAAGCCACCGUUUGAUGCAAAGACCAUGCUGACAGAAGAAGAGAAAAGCCGCAUACACGCAGAAACAGCUUCCAUGUUGGAGAAGAGCAAACGGGAAAAAGAAUUGCGGGAAAGACAACAAGAAAAACAAAGAGAGAAGCUCAAAUUGGAGAAGCAGGAACAGGAAGAAAAGGAGCACCGAGAAAAGCUACAGCAAGCAAAAGAAGAGAGAGAGAGGAGACAGGAGGAAGAUCAGGCAAUUAAGGAACAAAAGGAAAAGGAAGAACAAGAGAGAGCACACAAAGAAGUAUUAGAAGCAAAAAGACAAAAUAAAACUGAACAUGAAAACACUGCUGCAAAAAAACCUGAGCUUGAAAAAGUACCUGUGGAAGAAAGAGAAAAGGGAACUCGAACACCAGAAAUGCAGAGGCGUACGUUAGGAGAUACAUCUGUGACAGGGGUUUCAGUCUCAAGCAAGCACACUGGGGUUAAAGAACAACCAGAAAGUGGAGCUCAAAAAGAGGAUACUGAACAAGAUACUGAAAGACUUAAAUCCCAGCGGGAGCCAUUGAUGAGAGCACGAAGUGAGGAAAUGGGGAGGAUAGUACCAGGAUUGCCUGCAGGCUGGGCAAAGUUUCUGGAUCCAAUCACUGGGACCUUUCGUUAUUACCACUCGCCAACAAAUACUGUUCAGAUGUAUCCUCCGGAAAUGGCUCCUUCAUCCACCCCUCCGUCCACUCCACCAACUCAUAAAGCCAAGCCACAGGUGACUGCUGAACGGGACAGAGAACACCCCAAAUUGAAGCGAUCCUACUCUUCACCAGACAUAACCCAAGCCAUUCAGGAGGAAGAGAAGAAAAAAAUUCCUGCAACUCCUGCAAUCAGUCGUGAAAAUAAACCAGUAUGUUACACUAAAGCUGAAAUCUCAAGGCUCUCUGCACCACAGAUUCGUAAUCUUAACCCUGUGUUUGGGGGAUCGGGACCAGCUCUCACGGGGCUUCGUAAUUUAGGGAACACUUGCUAUAUGAACUCCAUAUUGCAGUGUCUCUGCAAUGCACCACUUCUGGCUGAUUAUUUCAAUAGAAAUUUGUAUCAAGAUGACAUUAACAGGUUAAAUUUUUUGGGGCAUAAAGGCGAAGUGGCAGAAGAGUUUGGCAUCAUAAUGAAAGCAUUGUGGACAGGACAAUACCGAUAUAUCAGUCCAAAAGAUUUUAAAAUUACAAUUGGGAAGAUCAAUGACCAAUUUUCAGGAUACAGUCAACAAGACUCGCAAGAAUUGCUCCUGUUUUUAAUGGAUGGACUGCAUGAAGACCUAAAUAAAGCUGACAAUCGGAAGAGGUAUAAGGAAGAAAAUAAUGAUCAUCUUGAUGACUUCAAAGCAGCAGAACUAGCCUGGCACAAACACAAGCAGCUCAAUGAAUCUAUUAUUGUGGCACUUUUUCAAGGCCAGUUCAAAUCUACAGUGCAAUGUCUUACGUGUCACAAAAAGUCCCGAACGUUUGAGGCUUUCAUGUAUUUGUCAUUGCCACUUGCAUCCACUAGUAAAUGUACACUACAGGAAUGCCUUAGAUUAUUCUCCAAAGAGGAGAAACUUACAGAUAACAACAGAUUUUACUGUAGCCAUUGCAAAACACGAAGGGAUUCUUUGAAAAAAAUAGAGAUUUGGAAAUUGCCACCUGUUCUUCUGGUGCACUUGAAACGAUUCUCCUAUGAUGGAAGGUGGAAGCAAAAGCUACAAACAUAUGUAGAUUUCCCUUUGGAAAGUCUUGACCUGUCACAAUAUGUUAUUGGUCCAAAGAGUAAUUUGAAGAGAUACAACCUAUUUUCAGUAUCGAAUCAUUACGGAGGGUUGGAUGGAGGGCACUACACAGCAUACUGCAGAAAUGCUACAAAGCAGCGCUGGUAUAAGUUUGAUGAUCAUGAAGUAUCUGAGAUCUCAGGAUCCUCUGUGAAGUCCUCAGCUGCAUAUAUUCUCUUUUACACUUCUUUUGAACUGCGAGCAGCAGAUAUAGCCACAUAAAGUGUUUUGAGUGAAGAAAAUUGGUUCUCUUUAUCAAUGCACAACACAGGUAUUGAAAUGCAUAUUAAUAUGCAAAACAGUGACAAAUAUAUAGCCACUUAGUUAGGGAAAGGUUGCAGCAGCUUCUCUGCAACAGGGUCUUUCUGGUCAGUGCUAUUGCUUAAGUCAGAAGACUGAUUGAUAAUGCUUUUGGUAAUAGCAACUUCUAUGAAACCAUAACAACAAGCAUACUUAAGUUACAGCUUAUUUCAAAACUAUAUUUUAGUCUGCUCCAAAAUGAAAUUCUAGCUUAAUUAGCAAGUAGGUUUAAAUGUCCUAAAAAAUCCCACAGCAUAUCUUAAUUUGUUUUCUUUUCUAUCACUGUUAUGGCCUUUUCACAUUUCUAACCUUAAGCUUGAUUCUACUGUGAAUACUCUAGAAUGAUGAAAACAGUUAGGAAUGUAAGUGUACAUAUUGAUUGCAUACUUGCACAUCAGAGCUAUGUAUAUAAUAAAAUGUGGUCCUUUUGUGAAAAUCUCUAGCACUCAGAGGAUUGCUUUUAUUUGCCAGUUCUAAAUAACUGCAAUAGUUUAAUUCUUAUAGGUAUAGAAAAAGCAAAGCUGUAUUUUUCUGUUAGCCUUUGUGAAUAUUUCUGCAUUUAAAAUUAUUUCUAAAGAAAUGAGAUUUUCUUUAAUUUUUUAAUACAAGAUUUCAUGUACACGUGCAUUAAGAAUAUUAACAAAGAAAUUAUUUAAAAUACACUAUCCUGUUAAAUGUU